AUGUGCUCAGUGAACGUCCUGUUGGUCAUUUCGAUCAUUGGAAUCUCCGCUGGAGUCAUGGCUGGAUUGAUGUUUGGAGGAGAAUACCAUAACUGGUCGACUUGCACGAUGGCUUUCAUUUCAGCCAUUUUUGCUUCAUACGUCAGUUAUUUACAUCUCGCUUACAAGAAGAAUUGGAUGGUGACCUGGGAACCGGCCAAGUACAAGCUUGGGUUUUGGAUUGGACUUCUCGUGUUUAUUGCUUCUUUCUUGGGAAUGAUCGGAUGCCUAAUUGCGGCCGGUAUCAAGAAACAAGGAUUGACUCAUGAUGAGCUAAUGGGCGAAAACUUGUGGAUGACGGCCGUUUGGUGUUUCAUGACAGCGAAAUGGUCGUCUCAAACGGCCGUUUUCUCUCGUCGAUACUCGUCGGCGGUGAUGCGUCCACUCACAAAAACAUCGCCAAUUCACUCAACAGUUCAACUUUAU